UGGUCUUGGUCAGUCAAUAAGCUGAUAUUUUAUUAUCCUCAAAUCACUUUUAUCAAAUAAUUCAUUUCUCAUUUCCAACAAUCAUGGCCUCUGAAAUAACUACCAUCAAAGCUUGGACUUACUCAGAAUAUGGUCACUCUGUUGAUGUUCUCAAGUUUGAUCCAAACGUGCCUAUUCCUCAAGUGAAGGAUGAUCAAGUUCUUAUCAAAGUUGCUGCUGCUUCUCUUAAUCCCAUUGAUUAUAAGAGAAUGGAAGGAGCCUUCAAAGCCUCUGACUCCCCUUUACCAACUGCACCAGGAUAUGAUGUAUCUGGAGUUGUGGUUAAGGUAGGGAGUGAAGUGAAGAAGUUUAAGGUUGGGGAUGAAGUUUAUGGUGAUAUCAAUGUGAAAGCUUUGGAAUAUCCAAAGGUCAUUGGUUCACUGGCAGAGUACACUGCUGCAGAAGAGAUACUGUUGGCUCACAAGCCGAAAAAUCUGAGCUUUGCUGAGGCUGCUAGUCUUCCUUUGACAAUUGAGACUGCUUAUGAAGGCCUUGAACGAACCGGCUUCUCUGCUGGUAAAUCCAUACUUGUGCUUGGUGGUGCUGGUGGAGUUGGAACACAUGUUAUUCAGCUUGCCAAGCAUGUUUAUGGCGCUUCCAAGGUAGCAGCUACAUCUAGCACCAAGAAACUAGAACUGUUGAGCAAUCUAGGAGCUGAUUUACCUAUUGAUUAUACAAAGGAGAAUUUUGAAGACCUGCCUGAGAAGUUUGAUGUGGUGUUUGAUACAGUAGGUGAAACUGAGAAGGCAUUCAAGGCUCUGAAAGAAGGUGGCAAAGUUGUGACAAUUGUACCACCAGGAUUUCCACCAUCAAUAUUUUUCAUUCUUCCUUCUAAUGGAGCUAUCUUAGAGAAACUAAAUCCAUACUUGGAGAGUGGAAAGGUGAAGCCAGUGCUCGACCCCAAGAGUCCAUUUCCAUUUUCUCAAUCUGUUGAAGCAUUUUCCUAUCUGGAAACUGGUAGAGCUACUGGAAAAGUUGUUAUCCAUCCCAUUCCAUGAAGUUCAACAUAGUUACGCGACACAACAGACCAAUAAAAUCUUUGCAAUUUAAUGUGUUUUUGUUUUGGGUCUGAGGAGUACUUUGGUAUGAUCUGGAUUUGUAUUUGGUUUGGGGUUGAAAACCUGCCACAUUUGGCUUAUGUACUUUUGGUUAAUGGAAUAAUAAUAAUAUGGUAACUAGUUUGCUUCAUAUAUUAUAUAGUUCAUCUUGGUCUCUA